AUGGGCCCUGAGAUGGAGCAGCCGGCGCUGCUGGUGGCGCCCGUCGGCCCGCGCGGGGCCCUUCAGACCGGCGGCGGCGGCGGGGGGCCCGGCCGGUUCUGUCGCGGCGCCGCCGCCCCGGGCAGCCCGCCGAGCCCCGCGCGCCGCCGCCUGCUGCUGCUGCGGGGCCGGGAAGAUGGCGCGGAGGCCGGGGCGGCGGCGGCGGCGGCGGGUGCGGGCCCGAGCGGCGCCGCGCCGAGCUCGCCGGGCCCCGACGACGGCGACGCCUUCGUGGUGCUGCUGGAGGUGGCGCGCGGCGGCGCGGCCGACGGGCCCGAGCGGCGGGAGGCCGAGGCCGAGGCCGAGCCGGGCGCCGGCCGCCCCCCUCCGCCGGGCCCCGCCGCCGCCGCCGCCCCCGGUGUGGGCGCGGGCCUGGCGGGCACCGUCACCCUCAACAGCCACGACCUGCUGGUGCGCUUCGAUCACGGCGUGUUCACGCUGGCGGCCGCCGCGCCGCCCCCGCCGCCGCCGCCGCCCCCGCCGCCGCCGCCGCCGACCCCCGGCUCGCAGCCCCCGGGGCCCCCUGCGCCGCCGCCCGCCGACGAGGCCGCGAGCCCCGCCGACGGCCGCCGCGCCGCGCCCGCCUACCGCUGCCCCGAGCCGCAGUGCGCGCUCGCCUUCGCCAAGAAGCACCAGCUGAAGGUGCACCAGCUGACGCACGGCGCCAGCCAGGGCCGCCGGCCCUUCAAGUGCCCGCUGGACGGCUGCGGCUGGGCCUUCACCACCUCCUACAAGCUCAAGCGGCACCUGCAGUCGCACGACAAGCUGCGGCCCUUCGGCUGCCCCGUGGGCGGCUGCGGCAAGAAGUUCACCACCGUGUACAACCUCAAGGCGCACAUGAAGGGCCACGAGCAGGAGAGCCUGUUCAAGUGCGAGGUGUGCGCCGAGCGCUUCCCCACGCACGCCAAGCUCAGCUCGCACCAGCGCAGCCACUUCGAGCCCGAGCGGCCCUACAAGUGCGACUUCCCCGGUUGCGAGAAGACCUUCAUCACAGUGAGUGCACUGUUCUCCCACAACCGCGCUCACUUCAGGGAACAAGAACUCUUCUCGUGCUCCUUCCCUGGCUGCAGCAAACAGUAUGACAAAGCCUGUCGCCUGAAAAUUCACCUGAGGAGCCACACAGGUGAAAGACCUUUUAUCUGUGACUCUGACAGCUGUGGCUGGACCUUCACUAGCAUGUCUAAACUCCUGCGGCACAAAAGGAAACACGAUGACGACCGGAGGUUCACCUGCCCUGUGGAAGGCUGUGGGAAGUCAUUCACCAGGGCAGAGCACCUGAAGGGCCACAGCAUAACCCACCUGGGCACGAAGCCGUUUGAGUGUCCUGUGGAAGGGUGCUGUGCCAGGUUCUCCGCCCGCAGCAGUCUGUACAUUCACUCCAAGAAGCACGUGCAGGACGUGGGCGCCCCGAAGAGCCGCUGCCCUGUCUCCAGCUGUAACAGACUCUUCACCUCCAAGCACAGCAUGAAGGCGCACGUGGUCCGACAGCACAGCCAGCGCCCAGAUCUAUUCCCUCAGCUCGGAGCUCCAAGUUCUCUUACGUCCAGCAGUGAACUGGGCAGCCCGGGCCAGAACGAGCUCAACAAUCUCGACCUGGCGGCGCUCUUCUCUGAGGCGCCCGGCGAGAGCAGCACCAGCACGGGGACCCCGGACGAGGCGCUCCACUCCGGAAUGCUGACGAUUGACGUGACUUCUGUGAGCUCCUCGCUUGGGGGGGCCCUCCCCGCUCACGGUAGUUCCUUAGGGCCCAUGGAACCUCUGGUCUUGGUCGCCCACAGUGACAUUCCUCCCAGCCUGGACAGCCCUCUGGUGCUCGGGCCCGCAGCCACCGUUCUUCAGCAGAGCAGCUUUGGUUUGGACGACGUGCAGGCAAUGAGCGCAGGGGCCUUAGGCUGUCUGGUCGCUCUGCCAGUGAAGAACUUGAGUCAGGACCCACAGGUCCUGCCGUCCAGCAGCCACGCAGCCGAGAACACCAGCACCCCGGCCCCGGUCAGUGCCGCCCAGGGAAACCCCAACAUCCCGGAGCUGCUGGCUCCCAUCAAAGUGGACCCGGACUCCGCUGCUGGCCCGGGUGCGGUCCGGCAGCAGGAGCACAGCAGAGGCCUGGCCCGGACUGUGUUCUCCAGCCCUGCAGAGAAGCCCAGUCAUCAGAGAGAGCCGGGGCUCAGUGCAGGGGACGGCUGCUUCUAUUUGGACAGUGGGGGCUCAGCAAGAACUGAUUCCCGAGCCAUUCAACUAGCCAAGAAAAAAAAGCAGAGAGGACCUGGGAGCAACACAGGCACCUCCGGGUCUGCUCAGAGAAAAGUCAGAGGUGGUAAAGCCAGUCCCACUCACUGCCACGCAGACCUGAGCAGGUGGCUGUAUGGGAACCUGGUGGUGCCCAGUGACAGUCUGCCGGGACCCGCCUCAGUUGCCGGGGCGCCGUGUGUGCAGGUCCAGUUGCCGCAGGAUGACCCUUCAGGAGAAGGAGUCUUGCCGCUGGCCCUGAGCCCGCAGCCGUCCACCUUCCACCCGCUGUAUGCCGCCGUGGACCUGCCCAUAUACGUGCUCCAGGAAGUGUCUCCCACCGCCGAUGCCGACACUGGGCCUCAGGACCCGCUGAGCACUGGGAGCACCAUUAACCUGCAGGACCUGCACUGAGGCAGCCUCAGGCAGCCAGCCUGGGGAGAUGCUCCGGUUUCCGCUCAGGCCGCCAGCCUGGUUCUUCAGAGACUUGGAUGACAUUCGUCCAGGCCGUGGGGCUCACAUUUUGGAAGCUGCAUGGCAGGAGCAGAGCACGGGGAGACACGAGGCUGCCUUGGGAUGCAUCCCACCACUCCCCCCUCGCUUCUGCAGACAGCCCUGGGCCAGGAGCACGGUUAGGGCAGAGAGGCAGGGCUCAGCUCCAGACCCCCAGUCCAAGAUGCUUUCUCCUGAGGUCAGACUAGACGGGGUCUUUCUGUCCCCAUGUGUGAUGGGAGCGUUUGCCUGGCCCACCUAGCGUGAGUAGGGGAUGUCUGUCCUUCCCGGGCCGUUUCCCACCUCGGGCAUGGGGGAUUCUGGAGGCAGGUUUGCACUUGCCACACCAGGGGGCAGACGCGGCCCUGUCACCAUCCUUGUCACAGGGCAGUUAUGUUUAGUCUGGGUUCUGGGGGACCAGCAGGUGAGCGCCUGAUGGGAGGAGCCAGUAGUGGGGCAGAGAAGGGGACCCUGGUGGUGAGUCUCUGGACAGACUCAGCUUCGAGCUCACCCUUCCGGGAAGGUCCAGUUCAUGCUUUAAAGACCAUUUUUCGAGACGCUGUAUUAGGUAUUAACAUUUGCCAGUGAUCUGGCCCCAGGGCCUCGAGUUCCUGGUACUAUAAAUGCUGUGCAGGGCUGUGGUGCUGGCGUCCUUGCUGAGGGUGGAGACAGCCCUUUCAGCUGUCCCCACAUACCUUGACGGGGGAAGGUCCGUCUUGGAAAAGGAAACGAGUUGAUAGCCUUGCACGUAUGUUGAUUAGACUGGGUGCAGGGUAACUGGGAGGUUUCUCCCCCCACCCCCCACCCCCCACCCUCAACUCCUUUUGUGCCUUUUGAAGAAAUGUUUAUUCAGACACUAUUUUGAUUCUCAAGAUUUGGAAUCAUCCAAACUCUCCCUGUUCCGUGUUUCUUGUUUGAGUUUCCGGAUGUUGACUUUGGGGAACGAGCUCCUUAUGGGCUUCCAGUGCCUGUGUCCUGCCCAGAAAAGCCAGGCCAGCCACCAGGACCUGGACCCUGGGCCACACCUCAUCCUUCUGCUGGAGGGAGAAGCGCCUGGCCUAUGGGACAUUCGCUCCCCUGGGCCCUUUGAAAUGUCCACCAGGAAGAGGGUUGGGGUUCUGAAAGCUGUCAGUCUUGGACACUGGCGGUUCCUGCUGAUAAAU